AACUUUGUUUGUGAAUUUUGUUGAUGAACUGAAUCAGGGGUUGGCAGCUGCCCUUAAUAAUGUUAUGCCCAAUGCAAAUCAUCGAAACUGUGUACUUCACCUUUGGAAGAAUUUCACAAAAAAAUUUAAAGACAAAGAGUCCAAAAGCAUGGUAUGGAGGUGUACAAAGUCAACUACUAAGAUGCAGUUCAAUAACAACAUGGAAAAGUUGAAGCAGAUAAAUUGUCAUGCAUAGGAGCAUAUGAUGAGAUUUCCUCCAUCAUGUUGGUCAAAAUCACACUUCAGUCACGGACCAAAAGUAGACAACAUAACCAACAAUAUGUGUGAAGUAUGGAAUGCUAAGAUUGUUGGUUAUAGGGAAAAACCAAUAUUAACAUUGUGUGAGGAGUUGAGAUGCUACAUUAUGCAAAAAAUGGCCAAUCACAAGAGAAAACUAGCUAAAUACAAUGGUAAAUUGGCUCCUGUGCAACAGAUUAAACUGGAACAAAUUGUUAUGCCUGAAAGCAUCAAGUGGAAUGCAGUAUGGAAUGGAGAUAAUGACAAAGCUAUCUAUGAAGUUCAAAAAAAUUCCCACAAGGUUGGUGUAAAUCUCAAAGAGCACACUUGCACAUGCAAUGUGUGGCAGCUCACAGGGCUUCCAUGCAAGCAUGCAGUUGCUGUAAUUUUUAGAUUGAAAAAUAUGGGAUACAAAUUAGAAGACUUUGUUGAUAAGUCACUGACAAUGGAUGCUGUCCGAGCAGCAUACUCCUAUGUGAUCCAACCAGUAAACAGUGACGAAUAUUGGAUCCCCACAGAUUGUCAAUGAAUCCUCCCUCCCCCAAUCGUACGUCCAUCUGGCCGGCCAAAACUUAGAAGGAUGAAAGCUCCUAUCGAAAUGGUAAUUGGCAAUAAAGUUAGGGGAUCGCACCAAGUAACUUGUAGUAAGUGUGGAGAGAAAGGUCAUUAUCACAAGACUUGCAAAGGUGCACCUAAGGAUCCAAAUUGGCAGUCAAAGGCUAAAAAGAGAAAGAAGGAAAGCAAGACUCAAUCAGAAACUUCCGUUGGAGCAGCAACAAACAAGCUAGGACAACAACA